AUGAAAAGAGAGAAUUUUGUGGAUAUUUUGCUUGAUGUUUGCAAGGAUGAUAAGAUUGGUAUUACCAUUGAUAGAGAUAGUAUCAAAGCUGUUAUUUUGGAUAUUCUUGCUGGAGGAACAGACACGACAGCCGCAACACUCGAAUGGGCAAUGACAGAGCUCUUAAGACACCCAUCGACCCUCGAAAAGCUUCAGGAAGAAGUUCGACAAGUCGCGAAAGACAAACGGGACAUAACAGACAAUGACCUGGCGAAAAUGAAGUACUUAAAAGCCGUCGUGAAAGAGACCUUACGCUUACAUCCCCCAAUCCCAUUGCUUGCUCACGAAGCAAGAGAAGACAUUCGGUUCAUGGGAUUCGAUGUCCCGCGCGGGACCAUGGUCAUAACGAACGUAUGGGCCAUUGGGAUAGGUCCCAGUACUUGGGAAGAGCCCGAACAGUUUCUGCCCGAGAGGUUUUUGAGUUGCUCGAUCGACUUUAAGGGGCUCGAUUUCGAGCUCAUCCCGUUCGGGGCAGGGAGGAGGGGCUGCCCGGGAAUUACAUUCGCGGUAGCUAGCGUUGAGCUCGUUUUGGCGAGUCUCGUGCGGGAAUUCGAUUGGAUUUUGCCUAAUGGAAUGAAAUGUGAUGAUUUGGAUGUGAUAGAGCAGCCUGGUGUGACUAUUCAUAGGAAAAAUCCACUUUUGGCUGUUGCAAGUAAAUGUUAUGUCUAA